GAGCUUUCAAUGCUGACGUUGUUUUUAGCAAAAUGGCUGGCAUGAAGUUUGAGUACGACGAGAAAGGAGGAACUUUUUAUUAUUUCCUCCUUUCAUUCUGCGCUUUGAUUGUGAUACCAGCCACCUAUUAUUUAUGGCCUAGAAAGACAAAGAAAGAUGAUGAAAAAUCCAAAAGGCAAUGUUAUUGUGAGCCGUGUUUGUUAAAAAGGACCCAUGUAAACAGCAAAGAUUCCUAUAGCAACUUGAAAAAAAGAGCCACCCAAGUGGUGCUGAUUAUUGGAUGGGUGAUACUGAUUUUUCUAGCAUACAAAGUUUCAACUCUUGAAUUGGAUCAUGUUGAGUAUGAUCCAUUUGUUGAGUUAGAAAUUGACAGGGAAGCUAGUCAAGGUGAAAUUAAAAAAGCAUACCGUAAACUUAGUUUAAAGUAUCAUCCUGACAAGGAAGGAGGGGACCCUCACAAAUUCAUGAGGAUUGCAAAAGCUUAUGCAGCUCUAACAGAUGAAGAAUCCAGAAACAAUUGGAUGUUGCAUGGCAAUCCUGAUGGACCUGGAGCCACUCAGUUUGGUAUAGCUUUACCGAAGUGGAUUGUAGAGAAAGAGAAUUCCAUAUGGGUUUUGGCCCUUUAUGGAUUGGCAUUUAUUAUAAUCCUACCUAUAGUUGUGGGCACAUGGUGGUACAAAUCUAUCAAGUUCAGUGCAGACCAGAUUCUGCUGGAUACGACACAACUUUACUUGUUCUUCUUCCACAAGACUCCAAACAUGAUCAUUAGGAGGGUAAUUAUGAUAUUAGCUGGUUCCUUUGAGUUUGAAAAAAGUCACAACAAUGAGAUAGUGGAAAGACCCAGUGACAAUGAAGAGCUGCCUCCUCUUAUGAAGUAUCUCCCUAACCUCCAAGAAAAGAACAAGGAGAAGCCACUGUGUUUCCCGUACAGUGUCAAAGCCAGGAUAUUACUGCAUGCACAUUUUUCCAGAUUGGAACUUCCACGUAACACCUUGGAAUUAGAUAAAAAUUAUAUAUUGAAGAAGUGCCCAUAUUUAGUUAAUGAAAUGGUGAACACAGUAGCCCAGCUGGUAGCCCUGGCUUAUGCAGGGAGAGCUCAACACCUACCCAGGCUGGAGACAGUGGAGAAUGUGAUGAAGGUCAGCCAGAUGCUAGUCCAGGCUCUGUGGGAGACGAAGAGUCCUCUCCUGCAGCUGCCACAUAUUAGUGAAGAUAUGCUAAAACAUUUUGUCACACGUAAGAGAAACAUUAGAUCUAUAAAACAGUUUGCAAGCAUGAAUGAAGAAGACAGGCGCUUACUUCUGCGCACUUUGUCAGACAGUGAAUACAGAGAUGUUAUGAACGUCUGCGCCCAAAUGCCACAUAUUGACUUAACAAUUAAAUCUGAAGUUAUUGAUGAAGAAGACUCCUCCAUCACAGCAGGGUCUAUAGUAACAGCUACUGUAACUCUUGUAAGAAAGAACAUAGAGGAAAUGUUCAAUAUUGAUGGGGGUGAAGAGGAAGAGGACGGGGAGGAAAAAGAAGAAGGUCAAGAAAAUGAUAAUGAGGAAGAAGAGGAUCAAGAAGAUGAAGAAAACAAAGAAGCAAAUGAGGUGACAGAUUCACCAAAAAGGAAGACUAAACCUUGGGAAAAGCAACAGAAAAAGAAGAAGGGUAAAGGUGGGGGUAAAAACAAGAAGAAAGCUCCUAAACAACCAUACAAAAGACCAGUUGCUACCAAUGGAAAUGCUCCAGGACAAGGGGAUCAAAACACAGGUGUAUCUAGUGAAGGUGUUGAAGAUGUACCCAAGAAACCCAAGAAGGAGAAGAACAGCGAUAGAGAGGAUGGGUCAGAGAGUGAAAAUGAAAGUGAUAGUGAUGUCAGCGGAGGAGAAAAUGAAAAAGAUGAGAAUGAGGACAGUCACAAAGAGGGAGGAGAGGACGAUGAUGAGGACCCAGAAUGGAUGAAGAAGUUCCAGAAACAAGCCAAGAAGGAAAACUCCCUGGAAACCAAAUCAAAAAUCUCGCAUUCUGUUCAUUGUCCAUAUUUCCCAUUGGACAAACAAGAGUACUGGUGGCUGUAUGUGGCAGACAGGAAGAACCACCAGCUGAUCACAGCUCCUGUCCUGGUGACAAGUCUAAGAGAUACAGAAGAGCUCCAAAUCACCUUCAAAGCUCCGGACAAGCCUGGCAUUUAUCAGUUCUCAGUGAACUUGAGAUCAGACUCCUACAUGGACUUUGACAUUACCCAGAACAUUAAGCUUGAUGUAAAGGAGGCCAAGAAGAUUGAGAAUCAUCCUCAGUGGGAUAUUUCUGAUGAGGAAGAUGAGAACAAGGAUGAUGAAGAUGAGGAUGUCACCGACUCUGAGGCUUCCUCUGAAGAGGAUUCCGAUGAGGAAUAAAUGGCUGAUCCUCAGCAUUUAAAAAAAAAUGAGAAAUUUUAUAGAUUAAAUUGUUGCUCAGACAAGAAUUUUUUUCUCAUUGGUACAAGUAUGAUGAGAAAGCAGGGUGAUAAAAGGAAGAGUCUGAAAUGUUUGUGUAUGGAACCAGUAACAUUUUCUUGAUGAAAUGGUUGAAAGUCAUACAUAAGAAUGAAGAAGUUGAUAAUACUUUCAUAGAACCGAAGGCAAAAUUAAUCUCGAAAUAGAGGAUCAAAGCAUGUUUUCACUUGUAGUGGUGAGCAAGUUUUGUUUGCUUCUGACCCAUGUGGGCCAGCAUAAAAUUCUUUGUAAAACAUAUUUUGAUUUAAAAAAGAAAAGUUGGAGAUUAUAUUGCAAGCUUGAACAUUGUUUUUCUUUACAACAAAAUUUGAAUUGCCACAAGCUUGCAUUAUUCUGUAAUAUAUUGUAAUGAAAUCUUUAUGUCUCACAUAGUUUUGAGACAACAUUGGACAGAUCAUUUGUCAACAACAGAUCAGUAUCAGUUACUUAUUGUACAUAUUAAUGGUAACAUUAAUCAUUCAUAACAUAGCAGCUGUAAUUUUAAUAGUUUAUUCAAAGGGAACUGCGUCAAACUUUAUGUAAUGUUUUAAAAAGGAUGGGCUGCAAUGAUAAUUAUUAACUUAAUAAACUUGUUCAUCAUAUUCAAGCUACCUAGAUAUACAAAAUUGAUUUCAUUUGAAUUAUGAUAUAAUUUGUUUAAAGAAUCUCCUUUUGCUUAAGUCACUUCAGACAUCGAGAUAUCAUAUAUUUGCCCAUCCAUUCCACAUAGAAAAUAUGGAUUUAAAUGUUAUUUACACAGGUCAGCAUCGGGUUUAUUUUGAUAUAAAAAACUGUGUUAUCCUAGAAGUGGUGCACAAUAAUGAAGGUGCAUUCUUGUAACAUUUUCACAUUUUAGUUGCCCAUCAAGUGGCCAUCACAUGGCCAAAGUAUAUUUUAAGAAGAAACUUGACCAUUAGUUAGAAGAACCUUGAUCAUUAGUCGAUAUAAUUAACAGAUAAAAAUGGGUCAGUGCUUGAUAUUACUAGUGAAAGGUAUGACAUAUUGUUUCUUGGUAGAUGGUAAUCUAUUUAUCCAGUGCAUUGUAUUCCUGUCAAUGCCGAAGACAGUUCAAAUGCAAAUAAAUUGUAUUAUUUUUGGCAAAGCUACUUGA